CGAACACUCGGACUAUCGCAGCAAACUUGCCCAGAUCCGCCACAUCUACCACUCGGAGUUGGAGAAGUAUGAGCAGGCGUGUAACGAGUUCACGACCCACGUCAUGAACCUGCUGCGGGAGCAGAGCCGCACGCGGCCUGUGGCCCCCAAGGAGAUGGAGCGCAUGGUGAGCAUCAUCCACAGGAAGUUCAGCGCCAUCCAGAUGCAGCUCAAGCAGAGCACCUGCGAGGCCGUCAUGAUCCUGCGCUCCCGCUUCCUGGACGCCAGACGAAAACGCCGAAACUUCAGCAAACAGGCCACUGAGGUCCUAAAUGAGUAUUUCUACUCCCACCUGAGUAACCCAUACCCGAGUGAGGAGGCGAAGGAGGAGCUGGCCAAGAAGUGCGGCAUCACCGUCUCUCAGGUCUCCAACUGGUUUGGCAACAAGCGGAUUCGCUAUAAGAAAAAUAUCGGGAAGUUCCAGGAAGAGGCGAACAUCUACGCUGUCAAGACGGCUGUGUCAGUCACCCAGGGGGGCCACAGCCGCACCAGCUCCCCGACGCCCCCUUCCUCCGCGGCUGGCAGGAGGCUGUGACCCCAUCCUCAGUGACAUCCCCAACAGAGGGACCAGGGAGUGUUCACUCCGACACCUCCAACUGAUCUCGCCCCUCAGGGUCACGGGGGCAGGGGCUCUCGCAAGGCGACUCUCGAGCACACAGGCACCCAGAGGACAAACCCCAAACACAGAAGCACAAGACAGACGGGCGAGUGGGGACCUCCCCUCCCCAACUGGACUCUUCAGUGCUGGGGGUGCUGACGACUUGGCAGGGAGAAUGGGGCCCCUAAGGGGAGAGUGGGGAUGUGGGGUCAGUCUCCCCUUUUUUUCUGUCUUUUUCUCUCUUUCUCACACAGAAACACACAUACCCAGAAGUGUAUUUCUAAGCCCCCUUUGCCCUUCCAUCCCUCCCUGUCUCAUGUAUACCCACACAGCUGUUCUCUCUCUCUCUCUCUCCUCCUCCUCCUCCUCCUCCUCCUCCAGUUUCCCUUCCCCACCCCACUUAUAUGCUCUGGAAUCUGUGGAGACGCCAGCCCUGCCCAACCAGAGAUGCCAAAAAUGGGGACACAACUUCUGGACAGAGGACACGGGCCACGCCCCCUGUGCAUCCCCACCCCUGCCCCUCCAGACGGCUUUAUUACCUCAUACGCAGCUCAUCUUAAACCAAUAGAAUCGCUCGGUGGACGAGA